GCGAAAGCUCGCGGUCGCUCCGAGGCGCGCGCUGGCGGUCCUCGUUCGCUCCGUUUACCUGAGGGACCCGCGGCCGCCUCCGGCCGCCGCUGCAGCACCGCCCCCCCCACCCCGGGAGCCCGGCUCCGAGGUUUGAGAUAUUUCAAUCAAAGAAUGAAAUAGCUCUUCUUCUAAGAUGGAAUCUGUUGUUUGGGAAUGUGGUUGAUCAACUCGAUAUGUUGGCCAAAUGUACCAUAUGUAAUAAAAUGAAAAGAAGAGGCAAGAUGAUGUCAUUUUCCCAUGUUGUGAAACCAAAAACAAAUGCCUUUUGUGAGACCAAGCUAACAAACCUCUGACAGUGCAAGGAGUAUUUGACUGUUUGAAGAACUUAACAGUAAGAUAGAAGAAGUACUUUCAAGCUCAGACCUGCAGGUGUAUAAAGAUCUGAAAUACAUAUUGAGUAGGCCUGAUCAUCCGAAUCUCAUUUGUUUGAGGAAGCAUGGCUAUGAGUUGGAUCAUCUUCUGUCUGUGGCCCUUGACUAUGUUUGUGGGACAUACAGGUGGGCACAGUUUGUUUUCUUGUGAACCUAUUACCUUGAGGAUGUGCCAAGAUUUGCCUUAUAAUACUACCUUCAUGCCUAAUCUUCUGAAUCAUUAUGACCAACAGACAGCAGCUUUAGCAAUGGAGCCAUUCCACCCUAUGGUGAAUCUGGAUUGUUCUCGGGAUUUCCGGCCAUUUCUUUGUGCACUCUAUGCUCCUAUUUGUAUGGAAUAUGGACGUGUCACACUUCCCUGCCGUAGGCUGUGUCAGCGGGCUUAUAGUGAGUGUUCGAAGCUCAUGGAGAUGUUUGGUGUUCCUUGGCCUGAAGAUAUGGAAUGUAGUAGGUUCCCAGAUUGUGAUGAACCGUAUCCUCGACUUGUGGAUCUGAAUUUAGCUGGAGAUCCUACUGAAGGAGCCCCAGUGGCUGUGCAGAGGGACUAUGGUUUUUGGUGUCCCCGAGAGUUAAAAAUUGAUCCUGAUCUUGGCUAUUCUUUUUUGCACGUCCGUGAUUGUUCACCUCCUUGUCCAAAUAUGUACUUUAGGAGAGAAGAACUUUCAUUUGCUCGAUAUUUCAUAGGAUUGAUUUCAAUCAUUUGCCUCUCUGCCACAUUGUUUACUUUUUUAACUUUUUUGAUUGAUGUCACAAGAUUCCGUUAUCCUGAAAGACCUAUUAUAUUUUAUGCAGUCUGCUACAUGAUGGUGUCGUUAAUUUUCUUCAUUGGGUUUUUGCUUGAGGACCGAGUAGCCUGCAAUGCAUCAAGCCCUGCACAGUAUAAGGCUUCCACAGUGACACAAGGAUCUCAUAAUAAAGCCUGUACCAUGCUUUUUAUGGUACUCUAUUUUUUUACUAUGGCUGGAAGCGUUUGGUGGGUAAUUCUUACCAUCACAUGGUUCUUGGCAGCUGUGCCAAAGUGGGGUAGUGAAGCUAUUGAGAAGAAAGCAUUGCUGUUUCACGCCAGCGCUUGGGGCAUCCCCGGAACUCUAACUAUCAUCCUUUUAGCGAUGAAUAAAAUUGAAGGUGACAAUAUCAGUGGCGUGUGUUUUGUUGGCCUCUACGAUGUUGAUGCAUUGAGGUAUUUCGUUCUUGCACCCCUCUGCCUAUAUGUGGUAGUUGGGGUUUCACUCCUCUUAGCUGGCAUCAUAUCCCUUAACAGAGUUCGAAUUGAGAUUCCAUUAGAAAAGGAGAACCAAGAUAAAUUGGUGAAGUUUAUGAUCCGGAUUGGUGUUUUCAGCAUUCUUUAUCUCGUACCACUCUUGGUUGUUAUUGGAUGCUACUUUUAUGAGCAAGCUUACCGUGGCAUCUGGGAAACAACAUGGAUACAAGAACGUUGCCGAGAAUAUCACAUUCCAUGUCCAUAUCAGGUUACUCAGAUGAGUCGUCCAGACCUGAUUCUUUUUCUGAUGAAAUACCUGAUGGCUCUUAUAGUUGGUAUUCCGUCCAUUUUUUGGGUUGGAAGCAAAAAGACAUGCUUUGAAUGGGCCAGUUUCUUUCAUGGUCGUAGGAAAAAAGAGAUAGUGAAUGAGAGCCGACAGGUACUACAAGAACCUGAUUUUGCUCAGUCCCUCCUGAGGGAUCCAAAUACUCCUAUUAUAAGAAAAUCAAGAGGAACUUCCACUCAAGGAACAUCCACACAUGCUUCUUCAACACAGCUGGCCAUGGUGGAUGAUCAGAGAAGCAAAGCAGGGAGUGUCCACAGCAAAGUGAGCAGCUACCAUGGCAGCCUCCACAGAUCCCGUGAUGGCAGGUAUACUCCCUGCAGUUACAGAGGGAUGGAGGAGAGACCACCUCAUGGCAGCAUGUCACGACUGACAGAUCACUCCAGGCACAGUAGUUCUCAUCGGCUCAAUGAGCAGUCACGACACAGCAGCAUCAGAGAUCUCAGUAAUAAUCCUAUGACUCACAUCACACACGGCACCAGCAUGAAUCGGGUUAUCGAAGAAGAUGGAACCAGUGCUUAAACUGUCCUAGGUGGAAAACCUGUGCCAUCUAAAAAGCAGAUUUUUAUCCUUUGCCUUUGCAUGACUGAUUGCUGUAACUCUCUGUUAUGAUGCUUUCAGUCAGGUGCAGUUUGUGUCCAUUGGAAAAGUAAAUUUUGCUUUUUGUAUUGCAUCAAACUUGGAACAUCAAGGUAUCCAAAAUGCUGAGAAUUAUAUCAUCACGUAAAUCUUAUUUCUAGGUUAUGAAGAAAUAGUUGUCUGGUAAGCAAUUUUAUAAACCCACUUAUUUUAUAUUUAGAAAAAUCCUAAAUGUGUGGUGACUGCUUUGUAGUGAACUUCCGUAUAAUAUCAGAUGGUUGUGAGAUAGCAUUCUGAUAGUUCUGUUAAUAAAACAAAAUUUCAGAAUUAAAGACAUUUUCUAUGCAAGGUUUAUUUCUCAGAUGAAUAGUAGGACUUUGUAGUUUUCUUUCCACUAAGUGAAAAAGAACUGUUUAUAAACUAUAGGAGAAUCUGAUAAAUCAGCAAGGGUAUUUUAGCUAAUAGAGUAUAAAAUCAUAGAAGGAUCUGAUUAGUCUAGAUGGCUCUUUUGAAAUUCUAUCAAAAUAAUCUUUCUGCAGAGAAAUACAGGAAUAGGAUUAGCAAUGGAGUAAAAGCAGAGAUGGGCAUUUUUUCCCCAGUAAUUGUGCUGUUUUUAUUACUUUUGUAAAUAUUACUUUUACUGGCCAUGUUUUUAUAACUUAUGCAUAUGCAUGAUGGAAAAUGUUUAAUUUGUAGCCACAUUUUCCAUGUAGUAUUGAUUCAGGAGUACUUCAUGUUCAAAUCCGUUUUGUGGACGCAUGUAAGAUAAUCAUCACACAUUCUAAGUUUUUUUGUGGUAACCAUAAUUACAAAAUAGCAAAAUGUCUCCUCUGUAUUCGUUGUUGUAUUUUUCUACAGUGAGAUUUGAUCUUGCCAAAGCCACCGGACCUUGGUAUCCAGGCCUCUCCUAUCAGUGAGUUGAUUGUCCGCACUAGCAUUGCCCAAUAGCCAAUAGGCUGCAGCUUUUGCCCCACACCCUUCUUUUCAGAUUCUGGAUCAUUCUUGUUUACAGCUGAAAUAUAUAUAAUCUGAGUCCAAAGUGGUGAUUAAUUUGGGGUAUUUGACAAAUCAUUGUAGCAAAAUCAAGCAUGAUUAGUCUUGCUGUGAAGUAUCUUUUAAUCUUAAAAAUAUCAACUCAAAAAUGUUUGACAUUUUGUCUUUUGAUGUUGAAAUAAUUUGCAGUAAAAACUGUGAACUUUAUUAGGCAUGAAAUUAAUCAGAGGGAACAAAAAAUUCUGGAAAAUGCUGGAUGUGUUAUAUAGAAAAGCAUAUUAAAAUAAGCAGUCCUCAACCCUGACCUUAGAUAAGAAUCACUUGGGGAAUAUCUGAUGCCUGACACUUUCCUCUCAUUCAGAUGAGAAUUGGUAGUUUUGUU